GGACGUGGUGCGUGCAUGUGAAGCGGAUGGCAGCCUGUUUAUCAUACUUCACACCAUGAUACUGAUCAAGUUUAUAUGCGCAGUUAUUACCAGAUCGUUAUUCAUCUUAGUUUCACUCAUUGGAGUCUGGAGGGUGACAUGGGUCAAACGAGAUUGGAGAUACUGGUUUCUGACAAUUCUGUACUUACCUCUCGUGGUGGAAAUGGUUAUCACUUUAAGAAGAAAAAAAGGGAUGGAUUACAAGUGGUUUUCACCUGCAAUUUUGAUGUUUCUAAUCAGUAUUAUACCAUCCAUAUGGAUUUUAGAGCUGCAUCAUCAACUUGACAAAUCAAGUGAUCUUCAGAAGUGCAGGAAACUGGAUUCAUUGGAGAACCUAAAAAGCAUGAUAAAUACAUGGAGAAAUAACACUAUGACAAAUGAAACCUUCAUGGCCUCCUUUAACGUGCUGUCCUCCGUGUGCUCCAACGACUGGAUUCUCGCGCUGCACCAAAUCCUCCUCAUCCUUGUGAUCGUGGGGAAAUGGCUGUUGCCCCUCGGCGGAGGGGUGACCCGGGACGAGCUCUCUCAGCUCCUCCUCAUCUUUGUGGGCACAGCCGCCGACAUACUGGAGUUCACCAGCGAGACGCUCUCGGACAUCAAGGAAAACAGUCCUACAAUUGUGUAUAUCAUUCUAGCAGUGUGGACAUGGAGCAUGUUACAGUUUCCUCUCCAUCUGUCAGUGUUGAAUUCAAGAAGAGAGGAAUCCGACGAUGGUCAGAGUGACUCUUUCCUGAAGAGCCACAGAACAGACAUCUGGAACAUCGUGGAGAGCCUCUUCAUUCAGGAUGGUCCCUUCCUUCUGGUCCGACUCACAGUUAUGACCUACUUUGAAGUCUUCCAUCAAAUGUUGGUUUUCUUCACCAUCAAGAACUUGCUGGUGGUAAUACUGAAUCUAUAUCGCCUGGUUGUCAUAUGCCAGGACUACAGAUCCUCUGCUACAGGGCUUCCAUGAGGGUCUCUUUUGGGGUGAUUGAUGGCCCCCAUGGCCUUACCCAGGAAGUAAGGAGUCAAGCUGAACCAGAGUUCAGGGCCCAAACACAAUCUGCAAAAUGUUCAGAUAACAUCCUGUUUAUUUACAGCUAAUAACUAUGCGGUUGCAUGUAAGUCAGCUGCAACGGAAUUUGAAAGUAGCCCAAACAGUGCAAAAGUGAUAGUUAAAAGCGGAAAUAGUCACUUGAGGGGAAUUGUUGCUAAAAGUGCUCUAAUGUGUGCUCCUUUUUUUAGAAUGGGAAGCACACUCAGGUCUCUCCAGGAAAGCCCUGUCACUUCGGACAAAACCAUAACUCCAUUUUCUUCGUUUCAGUUGUAGUUUAUGCUCCCAGGUAAAUUGAGAGACUGUCAUGCAUAGUUCAACAAAGACAAUAUGUAUAUUUAGGGUUUAGUGUUUAAAUGUUUUUAAUUCAAAGAGAGUAUGUUGACAUGAAAAAGGGUUUAUAAUCCCUCCUAAGCAGUAAGAAGGCAGCUUUAUUACUUUCCUGGUCUUGUGAUGUCACGUCAAAUACAAUGAACAGCACUUUUGAAAAAGAGCAAGAUCAUCAGGACAGAGGGUAUAUAAGUGCAGAGUCCUAGGAUGUAUAAGCUCUUUCUGUGGAAAGAAAGGAAUUAAUUUCACAGAAUGCUCUCUGGUACUAGGAAGCUGUUCUUGCAUUUAACAUGACCACAAGGUCCGAAAUUAAAAUUUCGGUCAACCAACCAGGGUGGCUGACAGACGAAAAAAUUCACCAGCCGGUUGGAUUUUACACCAAUAAUAUUUUUAAGCCAAAAUAAUUUAUUGCAUUU